UUUAAUAAUAAAAGGAAAAAUUGGAAACAAUCAUUUGACGCAGGUAUCCGUUCAAACCCUCCCUUUCUCCUAUCAGCGACAUCCCACCCGGGAAAUCUCCGCUCUAACCUCCCGCCGGCGCUGCCGUAGAGCGUUACCGGAGCUUCGCAAUAGGAGCGCAUAUUGAUAGUCGAAGAUCUUCAUAUCAUGUUGAUAGGUGGACUGAUUUGUUGAUUUCACGGGCUGUUACCUUCUCGGUUUUGCGAGAAAGAUUACUUUCUUGGAGCCUCUUGAGCGAAAGUGGCUCAGGUGUGAUGGAGAUUUCAUCAUUGAAGGCACUAGUGGAGAGUAUCUCCUUAUACUUCCAGUUAUCAUCACAUGACAGCUUAAACUCAGAACCAGCACUAAAAUAUUACAAGCAAGGGGAGGAGAUACUGAAGUUGGUGAAGCCAAUUCUUGAUGCUAUUUUUAGCUUUCAAGUAGCUUCUCAUGAAGUUCUUAGCAAGGCUUUUGAAGAGCUUCGUCACUCUGUUGAGGAUUUGAGAGAUUCCCUUGAGAGCUGGCAACCAUUGCUGAGCAAAGUCUACUUUGUGACUCAUAAUGAAUUGCUAUUAUCACAAAUUCGGAGCUCUGGCCUUGAUAUAGUCCAGCUUCUGAUGUCUUCAGAUCAACUUCUACCUGAUGAACUGAGUUCAGCAUCGAUUGAGCACUGUGCAGAGAAGAUUAGGCAUGUUGAACAUGAGCAAGCAUCUUCUUUAAUUAAAGAAACGCUACGGGAUCAAGUGGAGGGUGUUGGGCCCAGCUCGGAGAUUCUUGCAAAAGUUGCAGCAAGCCUUAGCUUGAAAUCGAACCAGGAGAUUCUGAUUGAGGCUGUAGCCCUUGAGAAGUUGAAGGAAAAUGCAGAGCAGGCUGAGAAGCCCGAUGAGGUGGACUACAUCGAUCAACUGAUCACCCUCGUUACCUGCAUGCAUGAGCGUCUUAUAAUGAUAAAGCAGUCUCAAUCAUCGAGCCCUGUUCCAAUACCAGCUGAUUUUUGCUGUCCCCUGUCUCUCGAGCUGAUGACUGAUCCUGUUAUUGUGGCAUCAGGGCAAACCUAUGAGCGGGCUUUCAUCAGGAAAUGGCUGGACCUUGGGCUCACUGUUUGUCCCAAGACUCGUCAAACUCUGGGGCACACAAACUUGAUACCUAAUUACACUGUAAAAGCGCUGAUUGCUAAUUGGUGUGAAUCGAACAAUGUCAAGUUGCCUGAUCCACUCAAGUCAAUGAGCUCAAACCACCCUUCACCGCUUCUUGCUCAUGCUGAUUGUGGUGCACUCCUGGGAAACCAUACUAUGUCUCCAGAGUCGGUUCGGGUCACGGGUUCACCUAUCAGGAAUUCCACUGGGUUUGGUGGAACAAUGCCAAGAGGUAGAAGUUCUCCAUUACAUCCCCGUUCCCCCUCAGACGGUUCCCUUCCUAGACUAGUUGGAAAUGGACAGGGGCUAGACAUAGGAAGGCUUUCACGAGCCGCUUCUGAAGAAAGUUCCACGAACUUGGAAGAUACCACAGACUUAGAUGGCCAGCCUUCUUUAUCACCACCAAGAAAAGAUUCCUCAAAUGCUGAUGAUCAUAUGUUGAGGAGUCACAAGAGAGCUGUUUCAGCUUCAAGUGCACAUCCUAAUGGGAACAUUUCUCAAGGAGAUGUGAGAGACGCAAAUGGGAGUGGCCCAGCUUCGAAUCAGUUGAGAGGCUACAGCAGCGAUGCUUCUGGAGAGGUGAAACCUGAAGCCGCCUCUAAUAUGUCCACCCCGCAGAGAGAAGCGGAGUUACCUCCUCGAUUGACGGAGACAAGAUCUCGGAGCCAUCCUAUCUGGAGGCGGCAAUCUGAUAGAUUUGGGCCAAGGAUGAUCCCUUCUGCUGCUGAAGCGAGACCUGAUCUCUCUGGCAUUGAGACCCAGGUAAAAAAGCUCGUUGAGGACUUGCAGAGUGAGUGCUUAGGAACUCAGAGAGAGGCUACUUCCGAACUCAGACUUCUGGCAAAGCACAACAUGGACAACCGAAUUGUGAUCGCAAACUGCGGGGCCAUAAACAUGUUGGUUGGCCUACUCCACUCCACGGAUUCGGUGAUCCAGGAGAAUGCAGUCACCUCCCUUCUCAACUUAUCAAUCAACGACAACAACAAAGUUGCCAUUGCUAAUGCUGAGGCCAUCGAACCUCUGAUUCAUGUCCUUGAGACUGGGAGCCCCGAGGCCAAGGAAAACUCUGCUGCCACCCUCUUCAGCCUUUCUGUUAUUGAGGACAACAAGAUCAGGAUUGGACGAUCUGGAGCGAUUGGGCCUCUCGUCAAUCUCCUCGGGAAUGGCACUCCCAGAGGAAAGAAAGACGCGGCCACUGCAUUGUUUAACCUAUCUAUAUACCAUGAGAACAAGGGGAAGAUUGUAAAGGAAGGGGCAGUUAAAUACCUUGUGGACCUCAUGGACCCUGCUGCUGGGAUGGUUGAUAAGGCGGUCGCUGUGCUAGCAAACCUCGCAACAAUCCCUGAGGGUAGGGUUGCCAUUGGCCAGGAGGGUGGGAUCCCGGUUCUUGUCGAGGUUGUUGAGUUGGGUUCUGCAAGAGGGAAAGAGAAUGCUGCUGCUGCCCUUUUGCACCUAUGCACCAAUAGUAGCAGGUAUUGUAGUAUGGUGCUCCAGGAAGGGGCAGUCCCACCUCUUGUGGCCCUCUCUCAGUCCGGUACCCCAAGGGCAAAAGAAAAGGCGCAGGCACUUCUCAGCUAUUUCCGAAACCAAAGACACGGGAAUGCUGGGAGAGGCUGAUUUUGUAUUUCUCUUUUUCCGGAGUACCUCCUUUGCUGUCCCCAGUAAUGAGGCAAGUCUAUACAGCGUGUGUACAUUUGAGGUUGCAAAUAAUGCAAUUGUGAAGACCGGUGCCACUUUAUGAUUUGUACAGAAAUUAUUUAUGGAAGUUUUUGCUGAGUCGUCAUCAGUUAAUGCAUUGUGGUGUGUUUAUAUGAAGAAAGUUUAACAUUACACAUUUUCUUAUUGUAGAUUAGUCUAAUCCUUGGAUUUGAGUGAUCUUUGGUCCAGACAACUGAUCGAUAAAUCACCGGUUUCCCAAUGUCUGAUUGGAUACAUUACUGUUUCAUUAUACUCUUCUUGGUUUACUGUUAUGAUUUAGAGUUGUCCAUUUGAGAAA